CUUCUUCUGUAAUAAAAAAGUGAUUGCCAUGGAAGGACAAAGUGUAGUUGUGAUCCAUGAUGCGUCUACAGAAAUCAAUGUAAGAGUUUUUGAAUGGUCUCUACAUGGCUUGUCACUCGUGCCAGGAGAUAUGCUCACACUAAUUGCUGUCUUGCACCAGGUUAUCACUCCUAUGGGUUACAAAAGCAGUGUAGACAGCAGGUUAAUGUUUGGAGCAAACCAGAAGAUGAUUGAGGCAGAAGCUGCUAGAAAGAAGGAAGAAUAUAUGAAGCAUCCCGAGCUUACUCGGAUUUUUAGACUAUACAAAUCAGAAAAGGUUGGAUUUAAUAUAGAAAUGGCUACAGGCUCAUCACUGAAGGCAGUUGCACUGAAAUCAGCCACGAAAUUAAAGGCAACUUGGCUCAUACUAGACAGGUCAGAUGAAAUUAAACUGAUAAUCUGAAUUAUCUCUAUUCUCAUGGAUGGACUAGGCAUUCAAAAAUGAUAUAUGGGGCAAAAUGUCUAAUCAUGCUGGUUACCCACUCAAGCACUAGCAAGUUGGCCUGGACAAUACAGCUACUUAAAUUGAAGAAAACAUAGAACACAAGAAGAAAGAUAGAAUGAUAGAAUGAUAGAUAAGAUGACACAUACAAAUCUGUGUAUCGUAGCCCGUAGGUGAAGUUAAAUUUAAUAACCUAGUUAUAUAAUAUUUGAAAAUCAUACAUUGGUCGAACUCAAAUCUAUACAAAUCCAUACAUGUAGUGCAGCAUAUUUAAGAGCUUAAAAUAACUUCAGGAUGUGGGUAAAUGUAUAGAAAUAUACCUUUCUUUUGCUAAAA